AUGAAUUCCUACGACAAAAUUACAGAGACUAUUAAUCCAAUAUUAGAGAAAGAAUUAAAGACCGAUGCUGAAAUUCGUAAACUUUGGUCAGAGAGCAUUCAUUGCUACGAUCAACGUCAAACGUUCAACAAGGCCAAUGAAGUUUAUGAUUUUAUAAUCGUUGGAGCUGGAACCGCCGGAUGUGUAUUAGCAAGAGAACUCAUUUACAACGUUCCCAAUGUUAAUAUUUUGCUAUUGGAAGCUGGUCCACCAAAUGUUCAAGUUAAUGAUAUAAUGCGUUUACCUUGUACUUUUGCUUCGGUUUAUCGAACAAGUGAAAUAGAUUGGGGAUAUCAUACAGAAGAUCAAAAAAUGCCGAGCUCGAUCGAUCCUACCAAAGAAGUAUUAAAUAAAGGUUUCUCCUAUCCGCGUGGUAAGGUCAUUGGAGGUUGUAGUACUGUGAAUGCAAUGACUUAUAUGCGAGGCCAAAAGGCCGAUUACGAUAGUUGGGCGGCCCAAGGUCCCGAGUAUUCAAUUUGGGAUUAUGAUCAUUGUCUUGAAGCUUUCAAAGCAACCGAAAACAAUUCGCAUGAAAAUCCUGACGAAGAAUUUAAAAAAUAUCAUGGAUUUAAUGGUCUACUCCAUGUACAAGAUUGUUCCAAUGAUCCUUCUGAUAUUAUAAAAGAAUUCAUUGAAGUUGCAAAAAGUCUUGGAGUUCCUUAUAAUAACGAUUUCAAUGGUGUUAGACAAAAUGGAAUCGGAAAAUAUCAGUCUACGUUGAAAGAUGGAAAGCGUUUUUCGUUGGCUGACGGUUAUUUGACAGAUGCAAUGAAAAAGGUUGAAAUUUAUCCAUUAGGUGAAGGCAUUGCAAAGGUCAUCGCCGUAAAUGUCAAAUCUUUCGCCCACAUGUUGAAUAUUAUUUGGGAUGAUGAAAAGAAUGAUGAAAAUGUAGCAAUUGGCGUUAAAUAUUUCUGUAAUGGUAGGGUUAAUAACGCUUUUAUUGCUCCAAAAGGAGAAGUGAUUCUUUGCGGUGGGGGUAUUAAUAGUGCUCAGAUUUUAAUGUUAUCUGGAAUCGGUCCAAAAAAUAAUUUGGAAGGAAAUAAUAUCAAAGUUCGUAAAGAAUUACCGGUUGGACGUAACCUACAGGAUCAUCCGUUAUGUCCCUUUAUUGGCAAAAUUUCUAUUCAAAACAGUACAGCAGAUGUUUUUACAUCUCAUGCUUGGUGUUGUGGCCAUAAACUUGGAAUUUUGUUUAAAGGUAAUGCUGAAGGAAAAAUUCCCAAUCAAAAAGAUUUUCUUGACGAACGUCCCGAUAUUCAAACCUACAUAAGCACUCAGAAUGUGUUUAAUACUAUCCUAGUGCACAAAUUAGAAUUUAUUGCAUUGUGCUCAGUUUUAAAUCUCCCAUCAAGCGUCGGUUACUUGGAAUUAUCUAGUUCUAAUCCAUUUGUGCAACCAAAAAUCUUUCUCAAUUAUUAUGAAAAACCUGAUGAUAUGUAUAGAAUGAUUAGUUCUGGUAAAUUUUUACGUGAAAUAAUUAAACAACCUCCAUUAAGUACAGUAUGGGGCAUGAAAGAAUUUGGAUUUUAUGAUAAAUUUGGAAAAUGGUGUAGUAUGAAAGAAGAAAUGAGUGAUGAAGAUUGGGAACAAUAUAUCCGUGAACAGACAAAUUCAUCAUUUCAUACAUGCGGUACUGUUAAAAUGGCACCAGAGUCACAAGGAGGAUGUGUUAAUCAUCGACUUGAAGUUUAUGGAACUAAAAAUCUUCGAGUUGUCGAUGCUUCAAUUUUUCCAAUUAUUCCGAAUG